AUGUCCGUGGAAGAAGACAUUGAACUAAAAAACUUAGUCGCGCAAACAUUAGAGAAUAAAGGAAUAUUACCGAAAAUUAGAGCAGAACUCAGGGCCAAUGUUUUUUUAGCCUUAGAAGAAAAUCCAGAUACAAAUGAAACGUUACUUAAAAAUGAAAAACUAUCGACAUUUUUAAAAGUACCUGUUGGUGCCUUAGUACUUAACUUAAUACGAGAAUUUUUAAAAUUUUUCGAACUAGAUUUUACAUUAUCCGUAUUCGAGCCUGAAACAAAAUAUAAUAACGAUUAUAAUGAAAUAACUAGAGAUAAAAUGAUAAAUGAAUUAAAAAUUACAGAUCUGAGUAAAAAGUAUCCAUUACUUGUAGAAGUUAUUGAAAAAAUUAUUAAUAUUAAUAAAUCUCCCAUUUGCAAAGUCUCAAAUAUUGAUAUUGCAAAAGUAAAUGAUAAAUACGAUUGUGGAGAUCAUGGAAAUAAUACUAUUUCUCCUGUCCCACCUCUAAAUUCAACUUUUAUUAAAAAAAGCGAAAUUCAAUUGUCGCCUAUAAGUCCAGUUGAAAAUGAAAGUAGAGAAGAUACUAAUGAUUCUAUAAAAGAAGCUAUUUCUAACAAUUACAGUGAGUCAGACAGUUUAUCAGAAGGGCCUAUAAAUUUAAAUGAUUCUCCAAAAGAAGAUUCACCAUUACCUACAUCACAUAAAAGUAAUUCUAAAGAAUCAAACUUGGGAAAUGUCGCACCGAAAGAAACUCUCGAAAUAGAUUUACUAACUUUUACACCUGUUAAAGAUAGUAAAUUAAAAGAAAACCAUAAAAAUAAUUCAAUAUCUAAUAAUAAUGUUGUGACAAAGACUGAUGAACAGAAAGACAAACAAAAAUCACAAUCUGUUUUGGGCGAUUUACCACCCCUAACAUCAAAAUCGGAAGAUAAAGGUUUUUCAAUGAACGACAUAAAAGCCAUUAUGGAUGAUUGGUCUGGAAAAGAAAGUACAAAAAACAAAGAAGAAUCGCCUAAAACCAUCGAUGAAACCAUAUCAAAACUCAGCUCAGCUGCAGAUUAUUUAGAAACUUUGUGA